AUGGAUAUAGUUGUUCAAAAUUUUACAUGUUGUCCAAGCAACACUGAAGAGUACCUGAAUGAGGAUUGCAAGAUCAGAAGAUCCACUUACAUUUUUAGAAGAAAAAGAAAAAAGCCAAAGUGGAAGAUGGCUCUAGCAUAAGACCAUUAUUAUGUCCAAAUAUUAAGAGUUAUUAUGCAGCAGUGGAAAAUGUGGGUGCAGAUUCACAAGGAAAAAAAGACACUAUAUAAACAUGUAGUAAAUAUUAUGCAGAAAUGUCAUCCAUAUGUGUUAUGUGUGAAUCUUUGAGGUUGCUAUUCUCUUUGCUGGACUAGCUUUAAAUGUUUUAGUGAAUGUAGGAAUUUGCAAGUCUUGAAUAUCUCUGAAUGCCAGGGGUUAAAUACACCAGAAGGCUGCAGAGCUCUUCUCUAUUUAAGUCUGUUGUAUAGAGAUAAUACUAAUGGAAUAGUCCUAUGACUUUUGUCAAGAUACAACUUCCCCACUUUACAGUAUCUGAGUUUAGCUCACUGCAGAAAAUUCACAGACAAAGGUUUACCAUACCUGGACUCUGGAAGAAGCUGUCACAGGCUCAUCUGUUUGGAAAUGUCAGGUUGCAUUCAGGUUUGUAUUGAUGUCUUCAGAAGUAUUGCCAAUGGCUGCAAUGGAAUUCAAGAUUUGCUAAUCAGCAAAAUGCCAACUCUUACAGACAGAUGUAUUCAAACUCUGGUUCCAAAACGCCAACAAAUAAGGUCUAUUUUCUUCCCUGACUCUCCAAAACUUUGAACUUUUAAAGCCCUUGUCAAGGUCAGCACUGAAUAUUAGUAUAUUAAUUCAAAAAAUUCUUAGGAUGAUAUAUUUUUAAAAUUCAUAAAUGCAGCCCCAUACAUCAGGCACAUUCAUAUGUCUGUUUGAUGCCAGAAGAUUACAGAUGCUGGUCUUAGGAUGAUUUCACCAUUGAAACAUAUUCUUGUACUGAAUGUGGCAGACUGUAUAAGGGUCAGUAAUGGAUGUGUAAGGCCAUUGGUACAAGAUUCUUCAGGAGCUAAGCUAAGAAAGCUGAGUGGCUUGAGAGCCCUAGGCUGGCCUGGAAAAAUAUUGGAACUUUCUACAUCACAAUGCAAAAACAUCAGUGACGCUGGGAUUCUGGUCACAAAAUACCUGUAACCCUGCCAUGUCUCUUACUGCCCUCAGCUGACAGAUGAAGCUGUGAAAGCAAUGGCAUUUCACUGCCACAGACUAACAUCUGGCAACAUAGCGGGUUGCCCAAAGAUAACUGAUACACAUAACCAGUACUUGGCUGCAGCCUGUCUUUGUCUUUACUUCUUGGAUGUCUCCAGUUGCAUUCAUCUUACUGACAAAACACUGAAAUGUCUUUGGGAAGCUUCACCAAAAAACACAGAUCAGAGCCUGAAUAAACAAAUUCUUCAAAUGAAAAAUGAAGAAAUUGCACAAAAUCUUCUACAGUUCAAGGGUUUUUCUCUAGAGCAUGAAAAGAACACUCUCAUUCUUGACCUUUAUAUUAAGGUUCUAGCUUGUCUCAACAUUUACUACCUUUGA